CAAGCAGGCCCUCUUACGUCUCGCUCUCACAAAAGAAGCGUCGGCCAGCGGCGUGUGAGCAAAACUCCCGCCCUUUUCGAACGCUAAAACCCCCCCUAAAACUCGAGUUCUAGGUUUUUUCUCGAUUCUCAUCCUCCUUUCUACGGUCUUACAAUCUCCAACUCUAUCCCCUCUCUUCUUCAAAAAGGAAUUUCCGGGACCUCUUCAAGCAAUGGCAGACGAGAAACCGUUAUUCACAAAGGAACCCUUCAUUGAAGACGUCGGUCCACAGAGGAUAAAAAGCAUUCGAUUUUCCAUGCUUUCUGGAUCGGAAAUAUGCAGCGCUGCUGAGGUCCAAGUGUAUCAAAGCGGCUUCUACGAUCCAACCAAAAAGCCAAUCAAACAAGGGUUGCUCGACUCCCACAUGGGACCUCUAAAGGGUGGUUUUUGCGCCACAUGCCAUGGGAGUUUCACCGACUGUCCGGGACACUUCGGAUACUACAAGCUCACACUCCCUGUUUUUAACAUCGGCUACUUUAGUACUAUUGUAGAUAUUUUGAAGUGCAUUUGCAAGUCGUGUGCUCGGAUACUUCUUAUGGAGAAAGAUCGCAAAAAAUUUCUCAAAAAGAUGAGGAGUCCCAAUGAAGAUGUGUUGCAGAAGAAUGCCAAUGCAAAGAAAGUGGUAGAAAAGUGUAAAGCUUCUCGGUGCCUCCAUUGUGGAUAUAUAAAUGGUGCCGUGAAAAAGGCUGGAUCCAUAUUGGCUGUUGCUCAUGAUCUUUCCAAAGUUCCCAACGGAAAUUUUGAUGAAUGUCGUUCAGCAAUUUCUCACACAAAAGAGGCGAAUGCAAACUUCCAUAUUGUUAAUGUUCUUACUCCUGUCAAAGUUCUUGCUCUUUUCAAGAAAAUGCUGGAUGAGGAUUGUGAAUUGCUUCACCUUUAUGAUAGGCCAGAGAAACUCAUCAUGACAGACAUUGCGGUGCCACCUGUAGCUAUCCGUCCUUCUGUUUUCAUGGAUGCUGGAGCAAUGAGCAAUGAGGAUGACAUCACUUCUAAAUUAGCUCAAGUAAUUAAAGCGAGUGCUAAACUUCAAGAGGAUUUGCAAAGUGCGGAACCUCCAUCGCUCUCAUUGGGCCUCUGGGAACAUCUUCAAGUUGAGGUUGCUACAUAUAUAAACAGCGAGGUUCGUGGUGUUCCUCUAUAUAUGCAGCCUCAAAAGCCAUUGCGCGGGGUUCUUCAACGUCUCAAAGGCAAGCAAGGCCGUUUUCGUGGCAACUUAUCUGGGAAGCGUGUGGAAUUUACUGGCAGAACUGUCAUUUCUCCUGAUCCAAAUCUGAAGAUUACAGAGGUAGCAAUUCCCAUCUUAAUGGCAAAAGUCCUUACAUAUCCUGAACGAGUCUCCUAUUACAAUAUGGAGAAGCUGAGACAAUGCAUCCGCAAUGGGCCUCAGAAGUACCCUGGGGCAAAUUAUGUUAUAACCCCUGAUGGUAGCAAGCUAAAUUUGGCAUAUGGAAACAGAAAGCGUCUUUCCGAUGAACUCAAGUACGGAUAUAUAGUGGAACGCCAUUUAGAAGACGGGGAUCUUGUUCUUUUCAAUAGACAGCCAAGUCUGCAUCGGAUGUCCAUCAUGUCUCAUAGGGCAAGGAUAAUGCCUUGGAGGACAUUGAGAUUCAAUGAAUCUGUUUGUAAUCCAUACAAUGCUGAUUUUGAUGGGGAUGAGAUGAAUUUACAUGUUCCUCAAACUGAAGAAGCUCGAACAGAAGCUCUGAUGUUGAUGGGGGUGCAAAAUAACUUGUGCACACCAAAAAAUGGAGAAAUUUUGGUUGCUUCCACCCAAGACUUUCUAACAUCUUCUUUUCUCAUCACAAGGAAGGAUACAUUUUAUGAUCGUGCUGCAUUCUCUCUUAUGUGCUCUUACAUGGGUGAUGGGAUGGACCCCAUUGAUUUGCCAACACCAGUCUUAAUUAAGCCAAUAGAGCUUUGGACUGGGAAACAACUAUUUAGUGUUCUCAUACGCCCUCACGCACGCAUGAGGGUGUAUUUGAAUCUCACCCUUACAGAGAAAAACUAUGACAAGGGCAAGGAUAAAAAAACAAUGUGUCCGAAUGAUGGAUAUGUCUACUUCCGCAAUAGUGAGCUUCUCUGUGGGCAACUUGGAAAGGCCACUUUAGGAAAUGGAAAUAAGGAUGGACUUUUCUCUGUCCUUCUCAGGGAUUAUGGUGCACAUGCUGCUGCAUCAUGUAUGAACCGUCUAGCAAAAUUGAGUGCCAGGUGGAUUGGAAAUCAUGGUUUUUCAAUUGGGAUUGAUGAUGUGCAGCCAGGAGAACAUCUCAAUCGAAAUAAAAAAGUGGAGAUUGACAAAGGAUACAAGGAAUGCGAUGAUCUUAUAAAUAGAUUCAACACAGGAGGCCUCAAACUCCUACCUGGUUGCAAUGCAGCUCAGACACUGGAAUCUAACAUAACUGGCAAGUUGAAUAAUAUCCGAGAAGCAGCUGCAAAAGUUUGCAUGGCGUCGUUGCAUUGGAGAAACAGUCCUUUAAUAAUGUCACAAUGUGGAUCAAAAGGGUCUCCUAUUAAUAUUAGCCAGAUGGUAGCAUGUGUUGGUCAACAAUCAGUUGGUGGUCGCCGUGCCCCUAAUGGGUUUAUUGAUCGAAGUCUUCCGCACUUUCCCAUAAAUUCAAAAACACCUGCGGCUAAAGGUUUUGUGGCUAACUCAUUCUACACUGGCUUGACGGCUACGGAGUUUUUCUUUCAUACAAUGGGGGGACGUGAAGGUCUUGUUGAUACCGCGGUGAAAACAGCUGAAACUGGAUACAUGUCUCGCAGAUUGAUGAAAUCCUUGGAGGAUCUAUCAACUUAUUAUGACGAGACAGUGCGUAAUUCUAGUGGUGGAAUAGUUCAGCUUCUUUAUGGAGAUGAUGGCAUGGAUCCAGCAGCUAUGGAAGGAAAGGAAGGCAUGCCCUUGAAUUUGGAUCGGCUGUUCAUGAAGACAAAGGCUACAUUUCCUGCAACUAGAGCACAUACUUCCUUGUCUCCUUCAGAAAUUUUUAAAGCAGCAGAUGACAGACUUUCAAAACAUGAUGUGACCCCUGAAGGUGGUUGCUCUGCUGCCUUUAAAGAGUCACUCUCAGAUUUUCUUAAGAAAAGUGUUGUUGCAUUAAGGAAAACUAGGAGGGAGCUGGGACUGGAUGAGGAUAAAGUAGGGGAGCAUGUUCUGGAAAAUGUAGCGGCAAAUAUAUCCGGUAUCACCUCCCAACAGCUGCAGGUUUUCCUGGAAACAUGUAUACAUCGUUACCAUUUAAAAAGAUUAGAAGCCGGAGCUGCAAUUGGAGCCAUUGGAGCUCAAAGUAUAGGAGAACCUGGGACACAAAUGACAUUGAAAACCUUCCACUUUGCUGGAGUUGCUAGCAUGAAUGUCACACUUGGGGUUCCCCGCAUCAGAGAAAUAAUAAAUGCUGUUAAAAAAAUCGGCACUCCUAUUAUUACAGCCACGCUGGUCUGUGAUAAUGAUGUACAUUCUGCCCGCAUAGUGAAAGGACGCAUUGAGAAGACCAUUCUGGGUGAGGUUGCUAAAAGUUUGAAGGUUUCAUAUUUGCCUAGGCGGGAAUUUGUAUCUGUGAAGCUUGACAAGGCAAAGAUUGAAGAUUUACAGAUGAAGAUUUCUGCUUACACUGUUGCACAGUCAAUUUUGCAGCAUCCAAAAAUAAAAUUAAAACAACAGCAUAUUGAGAUUCUGAGCCCGCAGAAGUUGAAACUUUUUCCUCCUGAAGCUGAUAAAUACACUCUUCGAUUCAAACUGGAUUCUUUGAAAAAAAUGCUUUUAGACGUUAUUGUGGAGGGCAUCCCUACUGUUGAGCGUGCGGUUAUUAAUCAUGACAAGGAAAAGAACAAGUUCAACUUGCUCAUAGAAGGUACAAACCUACGAGCAGUCAUGGGCACACCCGGAGUUGAUGGACGUAAAACAAAGAGUAAUCAUAUCAUAGAAAUUGAGCAGACACUUGGAAUCGAAGCUGCAAGAAAGUGUAUCAUUGAUGAAAUAAAGUACACCAUGCAAACCCAUGGAAUGAGCAUUGACAUUCGACACAUGAUGCUUUUGGCUGAUGUAAUGACGUUUAAGGGUCAGGUGCUAGGAAUCACAAAUGCUGGCAUUGCAAAGAUGAAAGAUAGUGUUUUGAUGCUUGCAUCGUUUGAGAAAACGGGAGAGCACCUUUUCAAUGCUUCGAUUAGGGGGAGGAUUGACCAGAUCGAGGGAGUGAGUGAGUGCAUCAUCAUGGGCAUACCAAUGCAGAUAGGCACAGGAAUACUCAAAGUUAAACAAAGGGAUGAUCCGGUUCAAGUAUACAAUCGUCGGCCAGAUCUCAUUAUGGGUUGAGAAAGUGCGUCAGCAUCUUCAAAAGAUUAAAUCAAGUUUGGGAACUCUUCUAGAAGCUCCAUUGUUGUUGGAGGUUACAGUAAGCUAAUGCAAGUCCAUGUAAGACAAUUAUUGUAUUGCUAGCAUGCAAUUAUGCAAACUCUGGCAGAUAUCAUUACAUACUAUGGACUGAAAGUAGCUACUCUAUGCUCAAAGAGGCUGCCCUAGUUUUUUGAGGUGAUUGAAGUUCCAUUCUUUUAUUUGUUUAUUUAUUUAGUUUUAUGAAAUGGCUCCCAUGUUUAUGAAACAAAAGACCUCACUUUGAGUUGGGUGGUUUAAGAAGCCAUGACUCACUCUGUGAUUUUA